UUGGUUAGUGGCAGCCGCUUCCUCGAGCGGAAGUUUAGGGUUGCCGAGCAACUCGUAAUCUUCGGCUGUGCUAUACGGACGCGAAAGGCUGUUGAGAUAAGAUUAAGGUCGUACGUUGUCAAUUAAUACUGAAUACUCGUUCUCGAUGCAGAGAGCCAAAGAGCAAUUAGCAGAAGAGGAACAAACCGAUCCGCUGGAUGGCAAACAAGGAGCAAACUACGUUGGAGAAAAUAUGUCUCCUCUACAGCCAGAAUCAGAACCUGUUGAUGUAGGCCCACAGUCUCAAGCUGACAAGACUGGUGCUGAAGGAGGCCCUGCUGCAACAAGACAUACUGAGCAGGGCAAUACUUCCCAGGCUGGGUCACCAACCCACUUUGCAAACUCCUCAGACAUGGAGGAAGAGGAACCACUGAAUGAGGAUGAGGAGGAACUCAUUGUUCUUGACGCUGAACAUCCUCUGGUUGCAAAGAAGCAAUCUGCACUGAAGAAUCAACUCAUCAAGGAGCUGGAGAGGCUCAAACUGGAUCUAAGAGAAGAGGUGGGAGUUGAGAAGGCAGAGGUGAGCCAAACAGAGGAAAUAUAUGUGCAGUUGUUCAGGGAACAGGAGCGCCUAAAAAGGCUCCAGACAAGACUAGAUGGCCAACAGCAGACCAAGAUGUUGGCUGAAGGCAAAUAUCGACAGAUACAAGAUGAAGUUGAGGCAGUAAAGUCUUUCCAGUCUUGCACAAGCAGCCAGUGUAAGAAGACCAGGGCCAAUGUAUCCGACCUACAAACGGAGCUAGACAAACUGCAAUCGCAUCUCCAUUUUACACAAGAAGUCAGUGAGAAUCUCCAUUCUAAUGUAAAAGCCAUGAGGAAUGUCACACGCAAAACAGCAGCUAAGAAGUCCCAAGUCGAAGACCAGAAACUCAAGCAGGAUAUCUAUGUAGAGCGCCUCACCAAGGGCUUGGAGAGACUCACACAACAGAAGGAUAUGUAUGGGGUCCAGACCAAAGUCCAGGCAGAGACAACACAGGCAACCAAAGAGGCUCUUUCUGAGGCAGAAAUGCAAAUGGUGUCUCUGACGAUGUCCCAGAAACAGCUUUUACAGCAGUGGAACAGGAGCCUGGUGGAUUUGAGGAGACGAGAUGAAGACUUCGGAGCUAUGCAGGAGGCUAUUAGCAUGGCUGAGCACCAAGUGAUCGUGCUGGACAGAGAGAUUCAAGGCAUUAAGAAAUCCAUCUCUGAGCUACAGGAGGAAAGUGAGACUCUGACCAUGCUGCUUAACUGCGCCCAGAUGGACUGUGAAGUCUCCAAAAAGAUGAUCAGUCAGAAGCAGACCCAGCAUGAAACUCUGCAGUCCCAAUACAGCACCUACCUCCGUGCUCUGGGGCAGACAGAGCGCACACUCGCAGAACUCACAAAGGAGGACAAUGUUCUUCAGGCUGAGGUGACUGAUCAGAGACGAAAGCUGGAGAAAAACAAAGAUAAGCACCUGGAGUUAGAGAACUGCAUCAUGACCCAAAUGCUGCAGAGGCUCAUGGACAACAAGGCUGCUCAGUACUAUCAGCGACUUACCAACAAGAAAACCUCACUCAAAAAAGAGAAGGUCUAUCGGCUGUGGAAUUUGGAGAGUGAGGUAAUGGCGGCUACGGUGGAAAGCAAAGUGAUCAACGAGAAACUGGAAAACUUGACCCGAUCUCAGAAGGAGCUGGACGAGGAAAUCAAAAAGUACAACCAGGUGGUCGCAUCUAACCAGGCUGACAGUUCUUCCAUCGAUGCACUCAUCACACAGAAACAGACCACUAUCGCAAAUUACACCAAAAAAAAGGAUCUCAUCGCUGCACGCACUGGGCAUGAAGAUCUGAGUCCUCUGCAAAUCAAGGUAGAGGCAAUGAAGACUCAAACUGAGGAAUUAUCAGAAAAAAUCAGGAAUGAUCAGCAGCUAUGGCUGAAGCAUCAGGGAGCACUUGUUGGAAUGACCGUACAGAUUCAGGCACACAACAGUGAAUACAAAAAACUUCAGGCAAAGUCCACUGUGAUCUGUCAGAAGAAGAUUUAUCUGGAGCGUCAGCUUGAAGUCAUGCGCCGUGAGGAGAAUGAGGUGGAGAAGCGCAAUAAGAUGCUUGAAAGAGACCUGCUGAAGCUCAACACUCUUCUGAGCAAGAAUGCCCAGCUGCACUAUGCUUUGGAGCAGGAGAACGCUGCGAUGGAGACCGACUUCCUUCACAAACUUAAGGAGGCAGAGCGGGGGUCUAUAGAGAUGGAGGUGAAGCUGGAGAAGACUCAGGCGGAAAAAGAGAAACUUCUCAGCAGUUUGGUGGAGGCUGAGCGACAGAUCAUGCUGUGGGAAAAGAAGUCUCACCUUAUGAAAGAGACACGUUUAGUUGUGGAAGAGGGUCAUGGAGACCUCCAGAUAAUGAAGGAUGACAUUCACCGUAUGGAGCGGCAGCUCAACCAGCUGAUAAAGCAGCAGGAGCAGCUCGUGAGGAUGAGUGUCGCAGUCGUGGAAAGGAGGGGAAACAUUAUCGCGCGCAAUGAUGCCCUGGCCCGUAGCACUAAAAAGCAGAUGACGAAAGGCGAGCUAAAUCUCAUGAAUGAUGGCUUGCGGCGCAAAAUCAAGGAAACACAAAAGAUGGUCAAAGAGUGGGACCAGGAGAUCAAAGAACUGCAGGACAGCCAGGUGAAUCUGAGCAACAUUGUUGCACAUCAGAAACAGCAGCUGAUGGACCUGUCAGGAACCAGUGGUGUCCUUGAGACUGAUCUAGCAAAAAUCCAGGAUACCAAAGGCAGAGACCAAGCUCACCUGAUUGAAUUUCAGAGCAAGGCUAAGAAACUCCAAGAGGUGACUGAUGGAACGUAUCGACCCUCAUCCUCAUCUAGUCAAUUGGUGGAAGUUGCUACACACAGCCUAAAGGAGCGCGUGCGCGCCAUCGGCACUGUUAUUCACCGUGUGUGUGAGGAGUUCCCCGAUCACCGAGCAGCUCUCCGUGCUCUGUUACUAUCAUUGGCAGCAGGCGCACACGGUCCAGAGCAGGAAGCAACAUUAGGCCUGUUGAAGGAAGACAAGAGUAUCCAAAGAAAACACACAAGCACAGGGAGAACACGUGACAGACUGCGGCGUGUUUGGAUUUACGUGCAAAUUCAGGUUACGAUGUCGCCAUAAGAACAGCGAGCACCCCAUGUACAUAAUGAAAAGGUCAGUCUGUGAAGGGUCAAAUGAGCCAAAACUACGUGGCUGGCAUUUUUAGAAUCAGCUCGGCGGGCGGCGCUGUCAAAGUGUCUCAUCAAGCUUCUGUACUCUUUGCUGGAAUCAUAAAAUUUGGCUAAAUUUGGUUACACUCUACAGUCAACACUUGACACUGACAAUUUAGCUUUUUUUAGGGGGUUAAAAUUCAUUUGAAUUGAUAUUUUAAACUAAUGACAAGACCUGGUGUCUUUUUAAAAAAAAAAAAAAAAAAGGGCAGAAAAACUGAGCAAGGCCUGAGGGUUAACAGUGUUUGUCCUUAUUACAAUAGUAGUCGAGCUUGUUAAUAUAUAUGACCAACAAUAAUACGUAUUUUCCAUUGGAAUCGUC